ACCUGUCGAGGGCUCAUCAUUCAAAUAGGUAAAGGGAUUGAUGAAUGUGCGCAAAUUCAUCGAACGGGCUACAUAUUAAUUGACUUUCCGUAACAAUUUAUAUGUCUAAAUGAAACAUUUUGCCGUAUUUAACUGGUUGAGGAUAUUGCAUUUCUAUUUAUGCUCCGUGGACUCAAGAACGACUCGUCUGCAUACAUUCAAACAAUCACCCUCCCCUUCCUCGGACUCCACUCUUAGCGUUUGUGUGCGAGAAUAUUGACUUGACUCGCAUUCACCAGUGCCGCACUUGAAAUCAACAUUGACGGCUACAGUGCAGAGGGAGAUAUCGUCAACGAGAGCAAAUCUGUUCCACGGGAGUAGGCAGUGAAACUGCUGACUCAGGUCUGACAACCAUGGCUGCAAAACUGAACCCUAAUGUCCUGUACGUUCGGGAGCCGAGAGAGACUCACCCAGCACAGGAUAUAGACCGACUAGCACAGGCAGAAGCUGCCGAUGAAUCAUCUGACAGUGAUGGGGAACAGGAGGAAACUUCACACAAGCUCAUCAGAAAAGUGUCCACCUCUGGGCAAAUUCGCGCAAAGAAAAGUGUGAAGGAGGGACUCCUGCUCAAACAGACCAGCUCCUUCCAAAGGUGGAAGAGGAGAUAUUUCAAGCUUCGAGGACGGACUUUGUACUACGCCAAAGACUCCAAGUCUCUAAUAUUUGAUGAGGUAGACCUCUCAGAUGCCAGUGUGGCAGAAACCAGCACCAAGAAUAUCAACAACAGCUUCACGGUCAUCACUCCCUUCAGGAAGUUGAUGUUAUGUGCGGAAAGCAGGAAGGAGAUGGAAGACUGGAUUAGCGCUCUGAAGUCUGUGCAGAAGUGGGAGAGUUACGAGUUCAACAUGGAGCACUUCUCUGGGAUGCACAACUGGUACGCCUGCUCUCACGCCCGCCCCACUUUCUGCAACGUGUGCCGAGAGGCCCUGCCAGGGGUCACCUCUCACGGACUGUCCUGUGAAGUCUGCAAGUUCAAGGCCCACAAGCGCUGUGCUGUGAGGUCUACCAACAACUGCAAAUGGACCACGCUGGCAUCGAUCGGAAACGACAUCAUUGAGGAUGACGACGGAGUGUCCAUGCCGCACCAGUGGAUGGAGGGAAACCUUCCUGUCAGCGCUAAGUGCAGGGUGUGCGACCGCAACUGUGGCAGUGUGAGACGGCUUCAGGACUGGCGCUGUCUGUGGUGCAGGGCCAUAGUACACAACGGCUGUAAAGAACAAAUGGGGAAGCGCUGUCCAUUAGGCCAGUUCAAGGUCUCCAUAAUUGCACCCCCUGCACUCAACAGCAUUGAUUCUGAUGGGUUCUGGAAAGCUGCUAACCCGUCCUGCUCCAGCCCACUGCUGGUUCUGGUGAAUUCCAAGAGCGGGGAUAACCAAGGGGUCAAGUUCCUGCGCAAGUUCAAGCAGUUACUGAACCCGGCCCAGGUGUUCGACCUGAUGAACGGCGGUCCGCAGCAGGGGCUGCGUCUCUUCCAGAAGUUUGCGACCUUCCGGAUCCUGGUGUGCGGUGGGGAUGGCAGUGUGGGCUGGGUGCUGUCAGAGUUGGACAAGCUGGGGCUGCACAAGCAGUGCCAGUUGGGUGUUCUUCCCCUGGGCACUGGGAAUGACUUGGCACGGGUACUGGGCUGGGGAGGGCUCUGCGACGACGACACCCAGAUACUGCAGAUUCUGGAGAAACUGGAGAGAGCUACCACUAAGAUGCUGGACAGGUGGAGCGUGAUGACAUACGAAGUUCCCACGAAACUCUCCCCUCCGCUGGUGAAAGAGGAUGACACCAGGGACUCCAGCCACCAGAUACAAAUGACAUUAUAUGCUGAUUCUGUGGCCUCCCACCUGACCAAGAUUCUUGACUCAGACAAGCACAGUGAGGUCAUCUCCUCUGCCCAGUUUUUGUGUGGGACUGUGAAUGACUUUGUGUCAGAGGUGGGGAGGACAUAUGAGAGAUCGACAGAGAACAGGGAGGAGGCUGCAGUCAUGUCUAAGAAGUGUGCUAUGCUGAACGAGAAGCUGGACUCUCUGGUGAAGGCUUUGGGUGAGGAGUCCGAUGCCCAGCUGGUACCCGCAGGUACCCAGCCUGAGGGCGGCCGGUCUGAGCCACCUUGCAUCCCGCGGGCCUUCAAGUCCAAAGAGCAGCUGAUGCUGAGGGCCAACAGCCUGAAGAAAGCUCUGCGGCAGAUCAUCGAGCAGGCCGAGAAAGUGGUGGAUGAACAGAACAGGCACACUGAGGUAUACCGCAUGGCCUCCACUUCCUCAACUAAGAUGGAGAGCAGUGAGGACCUGAAGGAGACAGACACAAGACCUGGAACCACAAGCUCUGCUACCUCUCCCAUUGUCCUGGAGAAAUCAGAAAGUUUCAGCUCUGUGCUGCUGUCUGACGACUCUGUACUGUGCAAUGAAAAGUGUGUUAUGAACAAUUACUUUGGGAUUGGACUGGAUGCAAAGAUUUCCCUGGAGUUCAACAACAAGAGAGAUGUGCACCCCAAGAAGUGCAGCAGUCGCACCAGGAACAUGAUGUGGUACGGGGUGUUGGGGACCAAAGAGCUGUUGCAGAAGACCUAUAAGAACCUGGAGCAGCGCGUGCACCUGGAGUGUGACGGCGUGCCCAUGUGUCUGCCCAGCCUGCAGGGUUUGGCAGUUCUCAACAUCCCCAGCUAUGCAGGGGGUAUCAACUUCUGGGGCGGGACCAAGGAGGACAAUAACUUUGGGGCUCCCUCCUUCGACGAUAAAAAGCUGGAGGUGGUGGCGGUUUUUGGAAGCAUGCAGAUGGCGGUGUCGCGUGUCAUCAACCUGCAGCACCAUCGAAUCGCUCAGUGCCGGCAGGUGAAAAUCACCAUCCUCGGGGAAGAGGGUGUACCUGUGCAGGUGGACGGAGAGGCCUGGAUCCAGCCACCUGGAAUUGUCAAGAUCGUCCACAAGAACCGGGCCCAGAUGCUCACCAGAGACCGGGCCUUCGAGAGCACACUGAAGUCGUGGGAAGACAAGAGGAAGUGCGACAGCUACCGCUCCUCACGACCGCGUCUGAACUCCCAGCAGUCCAUGGAGUACCUGACGGAGGAGGAGGGUGCCCAGGUGAAGCAGCUGGGACAGGCAGCCGAUGCGCUCAUCGCCAGAAUCAGGGAAGCGGCAAAGACCCACAAGAUAAUGGAGCAGGAGCUGGCCCAUGCGGUCAACGCCAGUGCACUGGUCCUCAGUGAGGCCUUCCCCAGUAAACCUUCCUGUCCUGAGUGUCUGAGUCGGACUGCAGUUGUGGACAUUGUCAGUACCACCAAGGUUCUACAACAGGAAACGAGAAUGCUUUUGGAUGGGAAGCUUCUGCAGCUGGAGUCCCCACAGGAGGAAGCACUGCUCUCUGCUCUGAAUAGCCUGAGUGCAGAGCUGCAGAGACUGGGAGAAAUCCACUGGAUCUGCCCCAUAAUUCACUGCUCCGAAGAAGAGGAGCUUUCCAAGGGCAAACGUAAGAGCAGCAUGAAGAUGAAGAUCAUGCAGAAAAGCAAGAAGGACAGAGAGAAGCUGCACAAGCAGAAAUCCAACAGCUCCCUGUCCUCUCUGUCAGGACCUUGGGAUUUCAAAGGUGGGGCAUCUGAAGCGAAUUCAGCAGGCCAUUAAGGAGCUGAGCGAGGAGCCCUAAUGGCCGCCGCCUGGUCAGUGUUCACCUGUGAGAAGGACCUGGGCCCACCCCAUUUCACAGACAGGAAGCGGCUCCCGUGGGACUGAACAUCAACAACUGGGGCCACAUGUAUAAAGCCGUUCAGAAUUAUUCCUAAGAAUGGUCUCACAAUUUGACUUAGGAGUUAAAGAAAUUCUCACCAAAAGUAGGGCCUAAGUGCUAUGCAUAACAGCGCUAAGACAAUUGUUUAGCUGAGAUUAAGUGGCAUUCUUAGGUGCUGACCUCAGUUUAAUUCACAGCACACUCAGGUGCCGUAAAGGGGAACUACAAUGAUGGAGCCUAGGGAAAUCAAUUAACUUAAAACUGUCAAAGCCUUGAUAAUGGCCCAUAUGGCUCUACCUGCUAAUUGAUUUAUUAUUAUUUAGCAUUAUUGCCUGCAGUAGGGGAAUAUAAAACAUCUCUUACAAGAUCACUGACAAACAUACUAUCCUCAUAAUAUCCGCUACUUUUUCAAAAAUCCGUCCCAUCAGACAUUUCCAAUACGUCCUUUCUUGAUGGAAAGAUUUGUUGUCUGCACGCACCACAGUCAUCUGCUGGCAACUCUUAACCAAGUUAAGACACCUCCCGAGCUCUCUGGAAUAAUUUAAGACCAUGUUGACACGUAAGAAUUUUUAUCUAAUGCACUUAUUCUUACUAAGAUCAAAAUCAUGUCAUUCUCAGAAUUCUGACGCACUUAGUAAGUUUUACUUUGAGCGGCUUUAUACAUACCAGCCCUGAGCCGGCUUCCCUGCUUCUUCCUCCUUAUUUCCUGUCUACAGAGAUGUGGCACAUGAUCAAAGCCCAUGGCUGUGGUGCAGGGUAGGGGGGUUUCAGUCUUCGGUAAUGUGAUAGGUCUUCAUCUUUGCUGCAGGUUGAUGGCAGUCUGCAAGAAAAAAAGACGGUGUUAAAGUUAUGGCAUCGCCUCAACGAUCUGCUUGUGCUUCUUGCCUACCUUUGUUGUGUAGUGACGUGUCACAUUUUGAUUGCUGUAGACUAGUGAUCAGGCACUGAAAGUACAUUCCUGACAAGCAAUGACAUUCAUAUAAUGCACACAUUUCUUUGUUUUGGGUGUUGUGUAUAGUCUGUUGAGACUAUACGUGUGUAUGCUUAAACAAUAAAAAACAUAAUAAAAAGAACAAUUUGCACCUCCGUUACGGCAAAAUAUUCGCAUAUAUAUUGUUGAAACAUCGCUGAGAUCUUAUGAGACGACCAAAUGGACAACAUUAUAUUUUCCGGCAGUUUUACUUUUAAUGUGGCAAUUGCAGGAGCAGCUCUUCUGAAUACGUGAUUCAAACGUUUACAGCAGUCAAAGUGCGAUACUUCACAAUAAGUCAAUAUGCAGAAGGAUCCCAAGCAGAUUGUUGAGCCGAGCAGAUCGUAGACCGUCGAUGGCAGACUAAACUUUUAUCGAGCAGUUUUGAACAAAAACAAAGUCUGAAUGUAAAAGGCAGCUCGCCUCUUCCCAUAACUACAAAAUCAAUACAUAGAUACCUGUUUGUACAUAGAGUGCCCUCCAUAUUGUUUGGGACAAAUAACCAUUAUGUGUUGAUUUGCCCGCAAUUUUAAAUUUGGAAUCGCACGAUUAAUGUGGCUAAAGUGCACAUUGUCAGAUUUUAAUAAAGGCUAUUUUUAUACAUUAUUGUUUCACCAUGUAGAAAUUGCUGCAGUGUUUAUACAUAGACUCCCAUUUCAGGGCACCAUAAUGUUUGGGACACAGCAAUGUUAUUUAAAUGAAAGUAGUUUUUCAUAAUUUGUUGCAUAUCCUGUGCAUGCAGUGACUGCUUCAAGUCUGAGAUUCCUGGACAUCACCAGUUGCUGGGGGGUGUCUUCUCAGGUGAUGCUCUGCCAGGCCUGUAUUGCACCCAUCUCUAGCUCAUGCUUGUUUCAGGGGCUAGUCCCCAUAACUUUUCUCUUCAGCAAAUGAAAAGCAUGCUCAAUUGGGUUCAGAUCAGGUGAUUGACUUGGCGUCUCAAGAAUUGACCAUUCUUUGCUUUGAAAAACUCCUUUGUUGCAGAAUGUUUGGGAUCAUUGUCUUGCUGUAGAAUGAACGGUUCGUUCUACAGCAAAACAAUGAUCCCAAAUAUUUUUAAAUCACAAAAUCUCAAAUAGUGGAGUAUAGAGGUAAAUAACUAAAUGAUUGGUUUAGUUUGUCCCGAACAUCAUGGAGGGCACUGUAUGGAUCCUCAGAAAAGGCGAGUAUUAACGAAAGAGCAUCUUGAUGAAUGUAUGUGCUGUUAAUGUGGAAAAACAAAUUGUACAAAAAAUGUUUCCUUUGUAUGAAUGGCCUUCAAUUAACAUGGUUAAGCCGACUGCUUAUCGAGGCCCCUUUUACAUUGUGUUAUUCAUGGCUCAGUGGCGUCAAAGCAGUAAGAGGUUUUAUGCGUUUGCUCAGGCAGCUAGUAGUCUCAUUGUGUAACUAUUGUCCCUGAAGAGCUCUUUAUAAGUGUGGUGUGCUUGUGCCAAUAUUGUGCCUUGCACAGUGGAUAAUUAUACUGGAAGAAUGUAAGUUUUGUGUCUUAGUUGUCUUACGUUGCACUUUAAGACCUAGAAAGGGUAAUAUACAUUUAUAGCAAAACUCUAUUAUUAUUUUUUACAUGAAGUGUCCUCUAGUUUUUCAUGAGCAUAAAAUGGUCAUAGGUUGGUGCGACAUAACAACGGCUGUGUUUUACUACCGAUGUCACCCUUAAAUGAGGUACUGUGAUGUGAACGUCUGUAAAUGUCAAAAGAGAAUAAUGUAAGACAAAAUUAUGUAUUGUUUCAGGAUCUUAUGAGCCAAAAUGAAACAAUUCAGGUGUGUGCAACUGGUACAUUGCUUAUGUACUGUAACAAGUUAUGACAUUUCCUAAAGAUGGAUAUGAUGUAGGAUUGAGACAGAAAUGAUAAACUCGCACUGUUUUACAUGUUCACAAAUAAAUAAUGUAAAAUAAAAGUAUAUAUAAAAAAUGGUCUGUCAGGUAUAGCUAUAUACGUAUAGUUGAUAGCUUCACGCGAUAGAUAGAUACUUUAUUCAUCCCGAGGGAAAUUUGAGCUAUGCCUGGUAAAGACCAUUGCAUGUUGAAAGUACGUAACCCAGUUUGUAAAACAGCGUGUUGGAAUUCCUUUCCUCCUUAUAAUUCCUUAAAUAUUUAGCAUAUUAAAACCCCUUUGUUUUUGUUUUUAUCGGCAUUAAACUGGAAAGAGUUUGGGAUAGAUUUCACCAGCAGAGGCACUGUUGUGACAAUCUCAAACAAUUGUAUUCCCCACUGAUCAACAUUCACACUGAAAUGGAGAAAUGAAGGAAUUCUGUUUUGUUUUUUUUGUUUUGUUUUUUUUAAAAUACUGGAUUGUGUAAUAAAAUGCAAGUUAUUCCAAAAAUAGUGGGGCUUACACAUAUCGCAGUUCUUAAAGCUGCAUUGGAUAUUACACAUAUUUAAAUGUCAAGUACUUACAGCCAUAGUUCAUGUAUUACAUAGUUCACCAAGGUGGAAUGUAUUUUUUUUAAAGAUUGGUUUGAAUGUUUAAUUACUGGUCUUUUCUGUUGAAAAAUAUCAGCUCCUUCAUUAAGUCAUUAAUAUGAUCACCAGUUAGACUGUACAUACUUGUUAUCUGGGGUUUGACUGGGCUUGCGGAAACUAGAAGCUUGCUGUGGCAAAAAAAACUGUCUGUAAAAUGCUGUUGAUUUCAGAUGAAAAUGAUUUAUAGGUGUUAUAAAAUAAUAAUUUUCAGGAUUCAUAUUUAUUUAUGAACUUAUUUUUGGAAUUCUCUUUGAGAUACUCAUUGUUGAGAAUGCUCAUUGUAAUUUCUGUCAACGUUUAACAAGAUGUCAACUGCAGUGCCCAAUGGAAACAAAGUAAACAAUAAAAUAUUGUUAUUUAUUGUUUAA